UUGUUAAAGCAAUUUUAUACAUUAGUUAUCGUUCUAUGUUAAAAAAUAUCUUUCGCUGUUUUAUAAGUUCCGACAACUUGAUCAUUUUCUGGAGUAAAAUGUCCCACCAGUCACAAUGGAAUGGCCCAGUAUUAAAAAAUAAGCUAUUAAGUACCUUAUCAAGCACUAACAUGAGUAAAAAUUUGGAAAAUCAAAAAUUGGAAAAGGGUAUUUCGGAAAUAAAUCUGGAUAAACUUGAUCCGAAUGUGUCGAUCGAUAUGGAAGCGCCCGAGUUCAAGGACUUUGCAAAAUCUAUGGUUGAUUAUAUCGCUGACUAUUUGGAAAAUAUACGAGAUAG